AUGUUGACAGGAGAGAGAGAGCAUGGGGCAGAAAUAAAGGAAACCGUCAUUGUUGGUCUCGGAAGUCCCACUGCGGGUUGGGCCUUAAGUCAAUGCAAGCCAGACGCGGACGAGCGAGGGCCUGCUGAAGUGGCCUUUUCUUCGCUGCACUGCAACGCUUUAUCGAAUUCGACUCGAGAGAUUGUUCGGUCCGCUGCAUAUUGUCAUACUCUAGGCCAGAGCCUGGUGUUUUCUCUGUUGCCCCUGUCAACCGUCGUCACCCUCCUCCUCCUCCCGUACCUCUCCUCGCUUCGAUUUGCCUUUGCUGCGCUUUCGGCCGAUACUUGCCUCACCAUGUGUUACUUUGAGAUGACGCUCUGGAGCUGUGGCUACUGGCGCUGGGGCCACUUUCGUCAACAAUGCAACAAGGAAUACCGCAUGGGGGAGACUUGCGGCCUCAAGCUCGUCUAUGAUACGAAACGCGAGGCCGACGUCUGCAAGCUCUGCCACGAUAUAGAGAAGAAGCAGCGACGCCACGACAAGAUGGCCCGCGACGUCGAGCGCUGGCAGCGCGAGGGCAACCGCAGGGCAACCAUUGAGAGAACAUGUGGAGAAAUGCGAGAGGUGGCGGAUCAAAUUUACCGCAUGAGAGAGGAGCAUUAUCAGAGAACAUCCUCCCUUGGACAGGGCGGCUGA